AUGGAAGAGCAAAUGAUAAUUGAUGAACCCGAGGUAGCCCCGACAGAAAAUGGACUUGAAUCAAAAGAAUUAAAUACAUUUCAGUACCCACCUUUAUUUUCUAGUAAAACGCUAUUAGAACUCUGUAAUUCUUCUUGGUCUCGUUCGUGUAAUGCCAGACAGGAAGUACAGCCUUAUUUACGAGGGUGUAAGUGGUCUCCAGAUGGUACUUGUUGUUUAACAAUUGUUAAUAAUGAUGGAGUUCAUGUUACUGAGUUACCUAAGGAUUUAUACUUCGGAUCUGUAACUGCUGAUAGAACUAUCGACGUAUUAGACUCUGUAAUACAUAUAAAAGAAGCUGGUCUAGUAUAUGACUUUUGUUGGUAUCCUCAUAUGAAUUCUUCCCUUCCUGAAAGUUGUUGUUGGCUUACGACAAGACAAAAUGCACCAGUGCAAUUAUGGGAUGCUUUUGAUGGCUCCUUGAGAAGUUCAUACCGAGGUUAUAAUGCAGUAGAUGAAAUGGAGCCUGCUCUUUGUGUUACAUUUAAUCCUGAAGGCAAUAGAAUUAUUGCAGGAUAUAAGAAAGUGUUAAGGACAUUUGACAUAGAGAAGCCUGGAAGGGAUUUUUCAGAGCAUAAAAUUAAUUCCCCAGCAUCUUGUUUGGCAACAGAUAAUAAUUUACUAGCUGUAGGUUCUUGGAAUACUUCUAUUACUCUUUAUAAUAUGAAUGAAUUGGGGACUUUUAAGAGUAUUGGCAAAAUGCAUGGACAUUCUGGUGGUGUUACUCACAUAAAAUUUACACCAGAUGGUAUGAAAUUAGUUUCCGGUUCUAGAAAAGAUGAUAAACUGCUUAUUUGGGAUAUUCGUUAUUACACAAGACCAUUAAAUAUUCUUAGCAGGGAAGUGAACACUAAUCAAAGGAUUUAUUUUGAUAUAUCACCUUGUGGCAGAUAUUUGGUUACUGGAGGAACAGAUGGAGUUGUAAAAGUUUGGGAUGUGAAUAAAGUAAAUUGGCAAGAAAGUUUAGAUGCAACAGAUGAUAGUAAGAGCACUGCCACUUUUAAGUUUCCUUUACACAACGACUGUUGCAACAGCAUAUCAAUCCACCCGAUAAGACCAAUUCUAGCAACUGGUUCGGGUCAAUAUCAUUUUGACAAUCCCAUUUCUAUCUUACAUUGUGAUAUCAAGAAGGAAGAUUCUGAAGAAGUAAAUCAGGAAGAAUCAAUAAAUAGUGAAAUGAAAUAUUCAAGUAAUGUUGAAAACAGUUUAGUGUUUUGUUGGAUUGGAGACAUCCCUGAUAUGACU